AUCUGCUACGCUCCAGUACCACCGAAAAAAUUAAAUUUAAACAUAAACUUAUAAAGACAACUGAGAAAGACUGAACACAAAUGCCCCAAAAAGAAAAUCAUACCCUGCAGAUUACAAGCUGCAAGUAGUGAGAUAUGCAGCCGAAAACGGUAAUGGAGCAGCUGAAAGAAAGUUUGUAGUUAGCGAGAAAAUUGUGAGGGACUGGCAAAAAGCGGAGGAUACUCUAACUGCAAUGAAGAAAACCAAAAAAGCUAAUCGUGGGCUAAAAGCUAGGUGGCCACAGCUAGAGGAACAGGGUUUGGUAAACCUAUGUUGUUUAUGUUAUAGCUAUCUGAAUAUCUGUUAUUGUGUUACAUUAACAUACCAGACACCCAUUCAGCCCGUUGUUCUCUAACCUAUUGUUUUGGGUUGUUGGCCAGACAAUUCAUGUAGCAGGUUCCUCACUGUUCAAAUAUUCAGAAUGAUCAUUUGAUGUCUCUGCGUUAUCUGAAAGCAAAGGGUAGCCAGAAAAGUUUUAGAAAACGGUUAAAUCAGUAUCACAUGAUUCUUCUCCUAUUUCAUUCUUACCCGGUGAAUUUCUUCAAGGCUGUACCACCAGCUCAAAGAGUAAAGAGCUGUAAAGAGUGUAUAUUAUGCAUUCAAUGAACACUUCAUUCAAUCAGGUUGUGUAUUCAAAAAUACCACAUGAAUACCACAUACCAAACAAACUCAACAUUCAAGUCUUUUCAUUGCAGCAUUUUAUGAAUCGUGUAUCGUGUUCUUAGUUCUCUUGAUCCCAACAGGUCUGGGGCCGAUCAGGUGGAGCCAAUUCUGUUGUUAUUAGCAGUGGCACUUUUAGCUAAGUUUUCAGUCUCAAUAGGAUGCAAUACAGCACCACGAACAACUCUUAACCUGGCAAGAUCAUCAAGGCCAUCGAAGGCCAUUGUGUAGAAAAGAAUCCUCUUUUUUUUAGUUUAUAUGGUGUUAAAAUAGGGGAAACUGUGAAAAUAAUUUGUAUGCACUUAAAUAAUCACAAAGUGAGAGAGACACACCAAACUCGGAUUCGGGUAAGAUUCCAGGUCCAGCUCGCGCGCCAAACAGCUGCGCGCCUGGCGCGCUCCCGGCGCUGGACAGGGCGCAUUUGGUCGGGUUGGCCGCUUUAUUCACGAAACUAGACCCUCAGUGUCAUCAUGUACGCACAGAGCAGCGAAUAACCACCAUCGACUUCGUGAGGACCAAACGCCAAACCAAACGCUCAGGAUGGACAUAGACACAGUUUCUGAAUUAUGACCCGUUACUGAUAACUUGUUAAAUAAAACACCAGGAAGUUAGCGUUCAUCAGGUGGCUGAGAAGGUGGAGGGGCUGGGUCAGUUCGUCAUGAAGACCCGGAGAACUCUGAAGGGACAUGGCAACAAAGUUCUUUGUAUGGACUGGUGUAAGGACAAGAGGCGGAUUGUCAGCUCCUCACAGGAUGGAAAAGUGAUUGUAUGGGAUGCAUUCACCACCAACAAGGAGCAUGCUGUGACAAUGCCGUGCACCUGGGUGAUGGCCUGUGCCUACGCCCCCUCCGGCUGUGCUGUAGCUUGUGGGGGUCUGGACAACAAAUGUUCAGUGUAUCCUCUGUCUCUGGACAAGAAUGAGAACUUGGCUGCUAAGAAAAAGUCAGUGGCCAUGCACACAAACUACCUGUCUGCUUGUAGCUUCACCAACUCAGAUAUGCAGAUCCUGACGUCCAGCGGGGAUGGAACGUGUGCAUUAUGGGAUGUUGAGAGUGGGCAGCUGUUGCAGAGUUUCCAUGGACACGCCGCAGACGUGCUCUGCCUGGACCUGGCCCCCUCCGAGACCGGAAACACGUUUGUUUCAGGGGGCUGUGAUAAGAAGGCCAAUGUGUGGGACAUGCGUUCGGGGCAGUGUAUUCAGUCCUUUGAAACUCAUGAGUCAGACAUAAAUAGUGUGCGAUACUAUCCCAGUGGAGAUGCAUUUGCAUCUGGCUCAGAUGAUGCUACAUGCCGCCUGUAUGACUUAAGGGCAGACAGAGAAGUUGCCAUUUAUUCCAAAGAGAGCAUCAUAUUUGGGGUCUCCAGUGUUGAUUUCUCCCUAAGCGGACGACUACUGUUUGGUGGCUACAAUGACUACACCAUAAACGUUUGGGAUGUUCUCAAGGGAACACGAGUCUCUAUUCUGUUUGGACACGAGAACCGCGUCAGUACGCUGCGCGUUUCCCCGGAUGGAACGGCCUUCUGCACGGGUUCCUGGGACCACACUCUUCGGAUCUGGGCUUAAGGAUGAAGACACAGAGAAUUAAAUGGUAGACAGAUUUACUGAAGACGCAUUGAUAUUUCUGUUUGCUAGAGUACAAUCACAGAGGUAGAGACUCAGUUUUGGUUGUACAUAGGGCAUAUCAAUAGCAUUGUUUAUACUCCUGUCUCAUGGCUGGGGUGUAUUUACAUAUUUCAGAGAAUAAUUAAACCAAAUGGCACGCUUAUAUUAUAGAAUGAUUGAAAGAAAAUUGCACAGAAGUACUUAUGAUUACAACUUAAGAUGUAAAAUGUAUAUUGCAGAAAAUAACAUUGGUAGUGACUAGCAUCAGUAUAGGAUAGAAGUGACACAAUAAAGUGAUGUAUUGUAUGUGCCCACAUAAAGGACAUUACUUGUUUAUUUAUAUGUUUUUAGCACAAAAUAAUAGAGGAAUGCCAUCUGUUGAGGAAAAUUGGGUGCAAGGAACAUAAUACUCCUGCAGGAGGAGCAGUAAAAUUCACAUGAAGGCAUCAGCUUCUCUUGGCUAGACUUACUCAUGACACAUACUAAGAAAAAGAGAAAGGAGGUUGGGGGUUUGUGGCUUCCCAGUAAAAGAAAUGUUGUGAUGUGAGGGACAGUGAGAAUGAUUAGAUGGGCUUGUAGAAAUGAUUCAGUAUUAGUUUUAAAAUCUAAAAAUAAUAUUAGAUAUAAAGAAGUAUUGGAAAAAAAUAUUAUGAGCAAAAGAACAAAUCUGUUGUUUACUGAAGAUAAAAAUAGACAUCUGAGUAUUUUUAACGUCACACUCUGUGCACCCAUCUAACAGUAGCUCACCUGCCAAUAUUAUUCUAAUGUAAAGAAAGCACAUUCACAAGUAAACUUAAAAUACAUGAUGUUGACUUUACCUCUCAUUUUUGUUUGUUUCCAGCUGUGGAAGCCACUUACUUCUCUAUGUGCACAUUCAGUCACUGCAGACACCUUGAACUUGUGGUCCCCCCUACUAGAUAUAUAAAUAUUAAUAUAAAAAACAUGUUUAAAUUCUUAGAACGUGCUCCUUCCAUGCAGUUGUCCAAUGGCUGUAAUUUCAUAUUUACUGUAAUUAUUUUAUUGUAGUUUAGUGUACAGUUGUACAAGGGACUGUUUAUCAAACAUAAUAAACAGUUUUUUGAAUAUCAU